AUGUUUUAUGUUACAUUUCAGCGUGGUGUUGUAUCACAAUCUACCAACAGUCUUCCGAUGGUUGUAGAAAAUGCAGCUGAAUCGAGACAGGCAUCAACAACCGAGAGUCUUGAGUCAAGUGUGACAAACAAUGAUCAGAAUUAUGAAAGAGAGGUCGAGCUCCAGGAUGUAGUUAAAGAAGGGCAUGAAAAGGCAGACCCUUCUCAGUUUGAGCUUCUAAAGCUUCUAGGGGAGGGCUCCUUUGGUAAGGUUUUCCUCGUAAGAAAAGUUACUGGCCCUGACACUGGUACACUAUACGCCAUGAAGGUACUAAAAAAAGCCACAUUAAAAGUGAGAGAUAGAGAAAGAACGAAAAUGGAAAGGAAUAUAUUAGUUGAAAUGGGCCAUCCUUUUAUUGUUAAACUCCAUUAUGCCUUUCAAACUGCUGGUAAAUUGUAUUUAAUAUUGGAUUUCUUGAGAGGCGGUGACUUGUUUUCCCGAUUAAGUAAAGAGGUUAUGUUCACUGAAGAGGAUGUUAAGUUUUAUCUUGCUGAAUUAGCAUUAGCAUUAGAACAUGUACACAAAUUGGGAAUAAUAUACAGGGAUCUAAAGCCAGAAAAUAUUUUAUUAGAUGCGGAUGGACAUAUAGCUCUAACUGAUUUUGGUCUAUCUAAACUACCUCCUAGUGAUAAAGCAUAUAGUUUUUGUGGUACUGUUGAAUAUAUGGCUCCCGAGGUUGUCAACAGAAAGGGCCAUACAAUGGCUGCUGAUUGGUGGUCAUUUGGGGUUUUAAUGUUUGAAAUGCUAACUGGCAAUCUCCCAUUUCAUGGCUCUACAAGACAUGAAACAAUGACACAAAUACUAAAAGCUAAACUGGGCAUGCCUUCAAAUUUGAGUGAGGAGGCACAAUCAUUGCUACGAGCAUUGUUUAAGAGAAAUCCACACAAUAGAUUGGGAGCCGGACCAAAUGGCAUUGAAGACAUAAAGAAUCAUGAGUUCUUUGCUAGUAUUGAAUGGGAAGCUUUAUUAAGAAAAGAGGUUAUUCCCCCAUUCCGUCCGGCCGUAUCUCGCGCUGAUGACGCCUUUUACUUCGAUUCUGAGUUCACGUGUCGCACGCCUAGAGACUCGCCCGGCGUUCCCGCGUCUGCUAAUGCACAUGAACUCUUCAGGGGUUUCAGCUUCGUUGCACCGUGCUUGUUGAAUGAAGACAACAAAACUGUUACCAAUCAAAAUCAAAACCACAUUGCACAUACUAAGACGUCAACAGAAGAAUUUUGGGCUGGAUUUGUAAAUAGAAACAAUUUCUUUGAUGAAUACAGAUUAAUGGGUGAAUUAGGUACGGGUUCCUUUUCUGUGGUCCGUCUCUGUGAACACAAGACAUCUCGCACACAGUACGCUGUUAAGAUCAUGGAUAAGUUACAAUACGAUCCACGUGAAGAAAUCGAAAUUCUAUUAAGAUACAGCCAUCACCCUCAUAUAAUAACUCUACGCGGCGUGUACUCGGAGGGCGGUCGUAUCUUGGCUGUGACGGAGCUGUGUCGCGGUGGGGAGUUGUUGGAGCACAUCACUCGCCGCCGCUGUCUGCCUGAACAUGAAGCCGCUCCUGUCAUGAGGAACGUCCUACACGCUGUACACUACCUGCAUAGACAUACUGUAGUUCACAGGGAUAUAAAGCCGUCUAACAUACUGUACGCGACGGCUGAACGUAGACCAGAGGACGUACGUCUGGUAGACUUCGGUCUGGCCAAACAACUGCGAGCUGAGAACGGUCUGUUAAUGACUCCGUGCUACACCGCCAACUUCGUAGCUCCAGAGGUUCUCAAGCGAGCUGGCUACGACGCCGCCUGUGAUAUAUGGAGCUUAGGUGUGCUGGCAUACAUUAUGCUGUCUGGACGAACUCCCUUUGCGUCCACAGGAGAUGACACCCCUGAAGCUAUAUUGGCUAGGAUUGAAUCUGGAAAAGUGGACAUGUCGAGCGGCGCGUGGCAGGGAGUUUCGUCGGAGGCUCGCGGUUGUAUUCGUCGUAUGCUGCAAUUGGAGCCUUCUCAGCGGCCGCGGGCUCACGAGCUGCUCCGCGAGCCGUGGAUAGCGGAGACCGCGCCGCGAAGACACGCGCCCGCACCACCCUCGCCUCUACCGCCCGACGACCUACGACGCGCCGUCGACCUCACCUACCAGGCAAUGACAUCAGCUCCAAUGACGCCUCACAUUCUCGGUCCGGUGACACAGUCAACGCUCGCACAACGCCGCAUCAAACCCCAAAGACGGUUUCCACCGACGCAAGUAUAA